GAGGCGGUGGGAGCUUUUCUCUUCGGAGAGCGACUGUGUAGGAAGGAUUUUGGGGGAGCCGCUUUUUAACAUCUCUGCCCUUCGUCCCCCAAGUCUCUCUGUUGAGGGGGAAAGCCCGUAGCUUGAAAAUUCGGGGGGCAUACUGCUGGGUGCUGUAGGAGAGAGGGAGAGGACGCCGUCUCGUCCUGGUAGUUGGCUGGACUUGGACCGGCCGUUGAAAACCCGCAAGUACAUUUCCUUGUGGAACUUUUACAGAUAUAUAUUUUUAGAUUUUUAAAUACCAGAUUAAAAAAAAAAAAUAUAUAUAUAUAUAUAUAUGCUUUCUAUAUAUUUCCUGACGACCUGCCCCUGACAGCGCGAUGUACAAUACGGUGUGGAGUAUGGACCGCGAUGACGCAGACUGGAGGGAGGUGAUGAUGCCCUAUUCGACAGAACUGAUAUUUUAUAUUGAAAUGGAUCCUCCAGCUCUUCCACCAAAGCCACCUAAGCCAAUGACUUCAGCAGUUACAAAUGGAAUGAAGGACAGCUCUGUUACUCUUCAGGAUGCAGAAUGGUACUGGGGGGAUAUUUCAAGGGAGGAAGUAAAUGACAAAUUACGGGACAUGCCAGAUGGUACUUUCUUGGUUCGAGAUGCCUCAACAAAAAUGCAGGGAGAUUAUACUUUGACUUUGCGGAAGGGAGGCAAUAAUAAGUUAAUAAAGAUUUAUCAUCGGGAUGGUAAAUAUGGCUUUUCUGAUCCUCUGACAUUUAAUUCUGUGGUGGAGCUCAUUAACCACUAUCAUCAUGAAUCUCUUGCUCAGUACAAUCCCAAACUUGAUGUGAAGCUGAUGUACCCAGUGUCCAGAUACCAACAGGAUCAGUUGGUAAAAGAAGAUAACAUUGAUGCAGUAGGUAAAAACUUGCAGGAGUACCACUCUCAGUAUCAGGAAAAGAGUAAAGAGUAUGAUAGGCUAUAUGAAGAAUAUACCAGAACAUCCCAGGAAAUACAGAUGAAGAGAACUGCAAUUGAAGCUUUUAAUGAAACAAUUAAAAUAUUUGAGGAGCAGUGUCACACACAAGAACAACAUAGCAAAGAAUAUAUUGAGCGAUUUCGCAGAGAAGGAAAUGAAAAGGAGAUUGAACGAAUUAUGAUAAAUUAUGAUAAAUUGAAAUCACGUCUGGGUGAGAUUCAUGACAGCAAAAUGCGUCUAGAGCAGGAUUUGAAGAAACAAGCUUUGGACAACCGGGAAAUAGAUAAAAAAAUGAAUAGUAUCAAACCUGACCUGAUUCAGCUGCGCAAGAUCCGAGAUCAGCACCUUGUAUGGCUCAAUCACAAAGGAGUGAGACAGAAACGCCUGAAUGCCUGGCUGGGAAUCAAGAAUGAGGAUGCUGAUGAGACCUAUUUUAUCAAUGAGGAAGAUGAAAACCUGCCCCAUUACAAUGAGAAAACCUGGUUUGUUGAGGAUAUCAAUCGAGUACAAGCAGAGGAUUUGCUUUAUGGGAAACCUGACGGUUCAUUCUUAAUUCGUGAAAGUAGCAAGAAAGGAUGCUAUGCUUGCUCUGUGGUUGCUGAUGGGGAAGUGAAGCACUGUGUGAUCUACAACACUGCUCGCGGCUACGGCUUUGCAGAGCCCUACAACUUGUACAGCUCACUGAAGGAGCUGGUGCUCCAUUACCAGCAGACAUCCUUGGUUCAGCACAAUGACUCCCUCAACGUCAGGCUUGCCUACCCUGUCCAUGCACAGAUGCCCUCGUUCUGCAGAUAAAGAGGGAGUGGGAAAAGAGGUGGCUCUCCAGCAUUCUUUUCUACAGUUUUUAUUAGACUAUGAUGAGGGCAUUCUUUCUACAUAGACUGCUUGUUUUGCACAAGAAGUGAUUCUGUGAAUGUGAAGUGGAGAGGCCGAACAGCAGCCGGCCAGGAGUGGGGCAUUAGGGGCCUGGGGUUCUCUGGACUCAUCGGUGCCGCCACACUGACAUACUAAGCUGGAAGCAGAUUUUUUUGGAAAGUCUUUUCCAUUGGGGUUUUUGUUUUGUUUAGCCAAGCACCCUCAAAAGAGCAUAUUAGGCUUGAUAUGGGUAGGGGGUGGGGGUUGUAUUUGGAAGCCUCUGAAGAGUCCAUGUCCUCCUUUGGUUUUGAACUCUGAGAAUGUAGCAGGGGCAUGGCCCUCUCAGGAGUUCUGUUUUGCUCUGGCAGUCUCUCUUCUCCCUCAAAAGAAGGCUGUUUUGGUUCCAUGGUAGAAUGGGAUUUGGUGAAAAAGAUAACCAAAGGAAAAUGGAUUUCAUUUAAAGAAUCUAAGCCAAGGGAGUUAAAAAAAACACUUCAGCUGAAGGUACUUUAUUUCUUACCGACAUAGUUUAGGCUUCAGCAUCUCACUAGCUCUUCCCUCUAAAGAAGCAUUAGGUUCAGAAACCAACAAAAUGUUUGUUAGCAGACCAAGGUCUGAUGGAAGAAGGCGGCACUAGUAGCUCAAUGCACAUUUCUGUACCAAAACUUGGGGGAAAAAAACCCUAGAAUUUGUUAACAAACACUAAAAUUGGUCAGUGUAACUUCUGCCCUGCUCUUGUUUCUCAGAGAUGAGGAAUAGCAUUCUUUUUGUGGGGAUGGUGAGCUUUUGAUUUACAAAAUGAAGUUGGUUGUGUGGUGAUUCCUUAGCCUAAAGAAUGAUCUGUUGUUUGAAACCUUUGUAAUUUCUUUGUAUGAGUAAAGAAAAGGUGCAAUCCAGUGCUUUUAGAUGCUUGAUAUACCAAAUAACAAUAUAGAAUAGCAUUCUUACAUGUGCUUCCCCACAUCUAAAGGCUCUGUAGAAACAGUAACCAUGGUUUGAUUUCCCUUCAUCUCCCCCUCCUUUGCUGGAUAGGAUUUAGGGAGCCAUAGGUGGCUAAGGGGGAGAGGGGUCAGACUGUGGUCAGGGACCUCAGUAAAUCACAGACCCAGGGGCCCUGGUUUCCAGGGUGAGGGUCAUACCACAUUACACAUGUGCUUCCAUACAGUGGUUUCUGAAGCUUUUGCAGAGAGGAGAAGAUGGCUUGGAGUUUAGACUGUUAAUAGAAGCCAUCUGGAAGCUUUUUGCUUUUCCUUUUUUGUUAUCCUGCCAUUAAGGCAGUGUGCACAUUCUGCCCUCAUGCUCCAGUGGCCUUGAUUUUAGGCCAGGAAUCUUCUGCUCCAUGUGAUUUAAGCCUUCCAGCUGAGUGAAGCCAGGCAAAUGGAGUGGGAGGCAGGCAUCUACUGCUGCCUCUUUUAUGCCCCACACCCAUCAGUCAGCACUCAUUUGACAAAUACAGCCCAGCUGCCUCUAAGCCAAUCCUGGAAUCAUAAUAGGCUCAGAGUGAGUCAGCUGUUUGAGCCCAAAGCUGUGCAAUCAGGCAUCCUGGCUGAGCUGAAGAAGCCAGUACCUGGGUCUUGGUUCAUAACACAGCUAGGAAAGCUCUAGUUUAGGGAGUGAAAGAAAAACAAAUAUUACUUUCCCUUAUCUUGGUGACAGGGUCUAGAAUGGACCAUAAUAAAGACAUAGAUAUAGAUUAAAAUUUUUGGAAAAACCUCCAUAAGUUACUAGUAAUGAAGAUAGGAAGGAAAAGGCAUAUCUUUGGAUUUCUUGGCUCUGUUGCAGUUUCAGGAUUGGGUGAGACAGACACAUGAACCCCCCUCCAAUGUUACUGUUCUGACUUAAGCCCUUAACUGAGAGCCAGCACAUCCCUUUCCCAAACUGCCAGAUUGAAAUCUUGCUGAAAGUUUUACUGAGUUAUGGCAGGCUAACUGCUGCUGGGCACACCUGGAUGGCUUUGCACCUGGUGUUGAACCUUCUUAAGCAGGUGGAUACUCAAGAUUGGGUGUAAGGAAUGCCUCUUAUCUGGCAUUAAAAUUUUAGUGUUCUGAAUCUCUUUUAAAAUAAAAUGGGAAAAUGGAUACACGCCUGCAAUUUUGAGCAAUGUGUCUGCACUUUGUUGGGCAGACAUUGAGGGUGUGCAGGGAGUGAGCGAGCACUAUCUUAUUAGCUACACUUGGCUGGUUUGGGGGAAAGGGCUGCUUUUUUCAGUCCUAGAUUCCUGCCCCCCCCCCCCCCUUUAUUCUUGAAUUCAUUGUUUUGUGGGAUCUAAGACCCAGGGAUCGUUUGAAAAGUUGGAAGGUAUCUUUUCUGAUCAGUUGACACAUGAUUUGCUUGAUUCUUAGCCAGUGGAAAUGGCAAAGGGACCAAUCCACUAACCGCUAGGCCCAGUGUGUGUGGAGGGCCCAGUAUAUUGCUCCUUUACUCCAUGGCUUGAGAACAAGUCUUGGCCACCUCCACAUCAGUCUAGCUCUGUUCUGUCCCAUGAUCUGGGCCCUGGGACUCUCUCUCUUGGCAUCUUAACUGCAGUCUUACUGAGGCAGAAGGAAAGGGACAAACCAAGACCAGAGGGGCUCGUUAUUCUCCUGGCUAGAGAAGCCAGCCACCAACAUGAAAGCGGCUUGGGGCUGGCUAGACACAUGUCCUACGUUUGUCUUUUUCAGGUGGAGCUUUCAUUACACAACAGUGCUGUUUCCACCUGGCCAUAGAUGCCAAACCUUGGCCAUGGUUCAGGCAUGGAUAGAUUUCCUGUGUUCUAACCACUGAUCUGGCCAAGGAUGAGGACUUCCUAACACCUUUACACCUCCCUUUCUAAGCCUUGAUGGGAUCUCCCACUUGCUUUGGACCUCAUGUGCUCUAAAGAAGCUUUGAGAGCCAGUGUCACAUUUUCCAUGGGUCUUCUCUUCUUGCUGCAAGGAACCAGUCCCAUGCAUUCUCUUGGGCCACAAAUUAUACCUGGGCAAUUCUUGGUUUCUAAGGUGGUCUCUACUGCCAGUUUAGACCCCAGAGUAGGUCUCUGUGAGGCUACAACAGCCUCAGAAACCAGAAGGUGCAGAUGGGGGCCAGCCUGAGUCCUCUGCUGCCAACUGCUCAACCUUGCUCUAGCUCCAGCCACUUGUGACAAACCUUGUUUCCUUACAAAUUCCAGCAUGUGACGUUGGUGCCCUCUUGUUACUUGUGAAAAACCUAUUCUUCUGUUGUCUUUGAUGUAGUCAAAAAAAUCCAUGUAGUUUACAUAAACUAUCUGAUUCACAGGGAAGCCAACUGUAUGUCUUGUGUUGGGACAGUUCAUAAUGUAGCUCCUAGACCACUUUUGCAAAUUGUUCUUGUCACCAUAUGUGUUCAGACAUUGCUGUGCAGUUGUGGGGGGAGGGUGGGGGGAAGGUGAGGGAAGAUACUUUUUGAUCUUUUUGUUUUUUUACCUUCCCCAAGAGGGGACAGUCUGGCCAACUUGCUCCAGUAAUGCAAUAAAAACAUUGCAAUAACACA